AUGGUUCGUUCGAUCGUGUUGUUGCUACUUCUCGUAGCUCUUGUCUCGGCUUCGUACUCUCGUUUCGGAAGCAACAAAGCUGCAAAGCCAGAAGAGUCGCAUCCAAGCAUCAAUGACCAAAUCAUGCAAGGCUCGCACAUUCGUUAUUAUGGUCGAUUCAGGGACGGCUCGGACGACGUGCUGAAUCGCUAUUUUAAUCGACUGUAA